AUGAAUGACAACCCAUACGGACUGACGUUAGAGAUGGAACAACACAGUAACACCAGAGUACAUUUCCUGGAUUUGGACAUAAGAUUUGAUGAUUCCAUCAUCCGCACAUCGGUUUUUCGCAAACCUACUAAUGUACCGGCAUACAUACCAGUAAGCUCAUGUGAUCCCUUCCAGUACAAAAUGGCGGCUUUUAGGGCAUUGGUUAAACGAGCUUACACACACUCUUCCACACAACAAGCACUAACGGAGGAGUUAAAUUACUUGGAAAGUAUCGCCAGAUCACACGGGUACCGUAAUAUUAUACAAAAGAUCACAGAGCGCCACAAACAAACACAGGCUUCUUCCAACAUUGUAAUCAACACGCAAAACACAAGCAAUAAUAUAGAAAAUCGGAGGAUACCCAUUAAGUUCAACCCUCUAUUGAAGUCCCUGUACAACACCAUUGCUAAACAAAGAAAUGUUAACAUAGCAUACAGAAGAUGCAGCACCUUGUUUGACAUCCUACGUAAUGAAAAAGACGGAUCCAGGAUGGAGAAGAUAUCAGGAGUAUAUAAAAUUCCUAUAAGGGAUAACAGGUUCAACAGAGAUCUGGUAUAUGUGGGAUCAACUAAACGCUCGUUAGAGGUUAGAUUAAAAGAACAUAUUUCGGAUAUACAGCACAACAGGCACACAACCUCACUCUCCACAUAUGCCACUGAUCCCGAAAUAGUGGCGGACUUCAAUGCAGCACGGAUAAUUGCCUCCACACCACAUAUUCACCAACUAAAAUGGCUAGAAGAGAUGGAAAUUUUUAGGGCGUAUGACAAAUCCGAGUGUAUUAAUUCAAGAGAAGAGAUCAGCCUUUCCAGGGCGUGGCAAAAACUACUCCAUAAAGAGUGA